AUGACAUUAUCGGUGAAGAAAGUUGCCAUAAUCGGUGCCGGAGCAGGUGGAUUGGUUACAUUGAAUGAGCUAUUACACACUGCUAGUGACGGAUCUUCGACUAUUGAUAAGGAAAGAGACCGCCAUCCACUGCCGGCUAAUGGAGCAUUUUCAGAGAUAACAGUUUUCGAACAAAAUAACUCGAUCGGGGGUGUUUGGAAUUAUAGCAAAGAGAAAGACGAGGCAUUUCCUUCCGGGGUAAACGAAUACUACAGGCCUUCAGAGGUCAGGCCAACAAGAUGUCCACCAGCAAGUUUGGAUUCGACGUCUAAGGAGUCUCCAAUUGAGUCCAAGCCAGUGCAAGGCCUAAGGUGGAACAAAAGCGGCAUUUAUGAUGGUCUCUUUACUAAUAUUCCGGGUGAAUUAAUGAGAUUUACCUCGGGUCCACCAUCUGGUAGUGAGAAAGAUGGAGUAUAUGCACCUUUUGUCACGCACGAUCAUGUGCUUCGUUACUUGGAGAGUUUUGCAAAAAUCAACGAUUUAGAGAAAUAUAUACAAUUCAACACCUCCGUUGAAAAAGUCUACAAAGACCCAGUGACUGAAAAAUGGAUCUUGCAGGUGGUGGAAAGCAAGGAUAACGUUGAUAAGUGGUAUCAAGAAACUUUCGAUGCCGUUGUCGUUGCCGUAGGAAAAUUCAAUAUCCCUCACUUCCCAAAAAUAGAGGGCUUACGCGACUUUGCAACGAAGCAUAAUAAUGUUAGUCAUGCCAAGUCUUACAGAAAUCCAUCCGAUCUUAAGAAUAAAAAAGUGCUGAUUGUUGGAAGUAGCAUCAGUGCCGUCGAUAUUCUACAAUAUCUUAUACCUGUCUGCAAAGAAGUGCAUGUAUCAACCAACACAAUUCCAGGCCAAGCAUUAAAGAAUAAUGAAGCCGGUAAAAAGUGGAUCUCUGACGUGCUGACCGACCCUACUUUCCAGAUACGCCUUCACCCAAAAAUUAAACAGUUUCUGGAAGACUCAGUUGAGUUUAUCGAUGGUCAAGUGGAAAGCUUUGACCACAUCAUUUUGGCAACAGGUUACCAUACACACUACCCGUUCCUUAGUAUACCUGAAAAUGAAGGAAAGGACUAUGUCAAGGUGAGUACCGAUGGUGAAGAAGCCACUCAGCACAACAAUGUUAGAAAUUUGUAUCUAUACACUUUUUCCAUUGGUGACCCUACGCUCUGUCACAUCGGAAUCCCAAGAACGCCAUUGUUUUUUCUCAUUAGCGAGGUGAGUGCAGUAGCGAUUGCAGGGGUCUGGUCCAAUGCUAAUAGUCUUCCUUCCAAAGAGGAACAAAAGCAGUGGGUCGUAGAUGCUUUUGCACUUCAAACAGCAGGAAUUAAAAGAGUGACAUCUGAUGCAGCGACAGAGCUUUAUAAUAAGAUUCACAGUCUGGGACCCCGGGGAAGAUACAACUUCUUUGAAUCCAAUGUCAUUGAUGAUCCAGAGGAUGCCAAGAUUGUACUUAAAGACCUGUUCUACAAAAUAGCUAGAGGUGAAAUUGAAAUUUGAUUACCUAACAACAUCGGCUACCCUAAAGUCAAAUCCUUCGUUUGCCGGUGUACUCAAAAAUUCUAAAAGUCCAUCUGUGCUGAUGUUGAACAUGCUCAAUGGGUCGUAAAAGUUCUGUUCAAUUUGCAACAUGCUACCCCAGUCAUCACAUUCUCUAUUUAGAAAGCUCUCUAGGUCUUGCAAGAGUGAAUCAAUCAAAUUCCAGGCCAUAGCAGCAGAUCCAAAACAGUAGGCUUUUAGAUUGUCGUUGAGCUUCCUUAUUUUUCCUAGGACUUCCCACAAUUUAUCGAAGCUGAUACCAAAUGUUCUGUCGAGCAGUUCUGUGUCCACAAUGUUUCCGCACUUGUCAGACUUUAGUAGUAUCGAUGCUAUCGUGAGCACUAAAACCCCAUGAUAUAGUAUGUAGAGGUCGGUAUGAACCGAUCCAUUGAAUAGUUUGUUCUCAAAUUCGUACUCAACAAUGUUAUAGAGCUGUUUGGAACAGUUGAUGGAAGAAACAGCAAGCUGAAGAAUCGGAUCGUCUUUCGAGAUCUGAAUGGUUUUUCCACUGUUGACUGCUCGCAGUAUCAAUAAUAAGAAGGGAACCCCCACAUUGAUGUAGCAAUAGUGAUAUUCCAGGUGCAGGAAUAUUUGGGGAUACGACAGUUCUCCAAGCUUAGAAUUGAAAAUAUCUCCCAAAUUUUCGGGAAGACUUCUUCUCCAAGUUAGAAGUUUUUGUCUUAGUUGCACAGCUUUCUCUAUUGCGUCGGGAGAACUCAGGAUCAACGAGUUCUGGAGGUUGCAAGCCUUAAAUUUGAGAAACUGAUACAAAAUUUGGUGCAAUUUGGAUGAUUCGUAAAAACAAACGUUGCUUGUUAGCUGAUGUGAUUUAAAGUUAGCACUUAUCGUAACAUCAUCUAAAUCAAUAGAGCUUGAUCGUCCCAUUAUAUUGCUCAAGCGCACUUCAUUGUUAAAUAUCGUCCACCACAGUUCAGAAUAUUCCUUUUGUAGCCUAGGAACUUCUUGAUGAAAGACAUCUCUGUGAAUUCCAACUGAUGUUGCUUGAACCGCGGCUAUUUUAAACAAGUUGCAGGCUAAAUUUCUUUCCUCGACACUUUCUGAGACGAUGGCUAUCAGCACGAGCACUCUGAUUCCGAUUAUGCUGCACUUAACACUAAUCUGUCCAACUAUGUGAUCGCGAAAUGCUUUAUAAAUACUCAUAAGCCUGUCAUUGGUGUCGAGCUCUUUCUCUAUAAUGAACAGUUUACCAAGUAACCAAACCAGCAGCACGAGGAAACUUUGAAUCGAAGACAGAGUCUCACCUUGCCAUGAUUUCUGCACAAGUUCUUCAUACUCUGAUCUGCAGACACAUAUAAAGACAUUGUUGACGUUUUCGAAAAAUAUAUCUGCGUAGCGAACCGCUCCGGCUUUAUCAAUUAGUCCGGAAAUUGAAAAGUUCGAGCUCAGAGAUACUUGAGGAGAUUCCAGCAUAUUUGAGGCUGCUUGUGACCUAAAUUCGGGAUUUCUUGGUUUUUGGAUUAGCUCUAAUAUGUUGUGAUGGAUUGCAGGAGUGCCCAGCGAACCAAGCAGGCGCGGAUCACCGUUAUCAUCUUUAACGAUUUGUUCCUGUUGAAUAUCAACAUGGCCCAAACUGUCCACUAAGAAUGACUGUGUUGCGAGUUUUUGUUGCAUGAUACCAUCAACGUUCACUCCUACUGCUUUUGCAAGACCGAUAACGUCUGCGUCAGAUUCAAGUUCUAUGUUGGGGACAAGCUUCUUCAAAGUCUGAAGUAGAAUGCUUUCAAUAGGACCUGUUUUGUCAGAACUGAUGUUUGAGUUUCCUAGAAGUUGGCACUUGUAUCUUGAGGCAUACUGUUUCCGAUUAAUUAAACUUGUAUGACAAAUACUGUUUGAUUUGAUGCAUUCAGUACAGGCCUGCGCGACAUCUAGCGAAACCACGAUGUUGCCGUCCCCUUGGCGCACACACCUGCGCUUUUUCUGUUUGCACCGAUCGCAACUGAAAGAUGCUUUCUUACGUAGACUCG